UAAAUCUUUUCUGAUUGAGGAAAGUUCAAACCAACUUAGUAACUUCAAUGGGAUAAAGUUUUAUCGAAACGACAUCAAUAAUGAUAAUUUGAAUUAUUUAAGAUCCAGACUAUAUUUUGUUACCGAUUUUCAUUCAUGUGGUAUCAACUCUUUAUUAUUGAAACAGUUUGACCUCAACAACUUAUUUAGGUACCCUCUAAAACACGUGUUUAUAAUAAAAAAUGAAGACGCCGAUGACUUUUAUUCGGACCUUUGCCAAUACAAUAUUUUGAUAAUGAGCGAAGUAUAUGUAGCGUUUUACGAUGAAGACAACAUUGACAUAUACGAGGUUUACAAAACUGGACCCAAGGUUAAUUGUGUUAUAAACAACUAUGGAAACUGGUCGUUAAGCAUUGGAUUAAUGGGUAAAAACACAUCAAUAUUCACGAGAAGAAAGGAUUUUAAAAAAUAUGAACUUCUUGUUUUACAUACAGUACAAAAUAACGAUAGCUUGAAGGCAGAUUUUGAUGAUAUAAGGAAAGCAACACCUAGUGAAAUCUACUUUUUGGGAGAUUUCCCUGUACUAUACUACAUGAUUCAAUAUCUUAAUGCCACAUACGCUAUCCAAUUACAUCCAGUGUAUGGCCAUUAUAACAAAACUACUGGAGAGUACUAUGGUAUUAUCAAAGCUUUGUAUUUGGGGAUUGGGGAUGUAGCAGGUAUGUGA